UUUCUUAUCCGAACAUUGCAGAACAUAGUAAGCUGAACGCCAAACAGCGAAACAUCAAUACAAUCAAGAAUAACGGAAUCGAAGAGAUUUUUUUUUUUAUUUUUAGUAUCGUUGUGUUUUUUUAAGUAUAAAAAACGUUUUCUAUUACUAGAGAGAAAAUUGUGAGUUGUGUUCAUCAUUGUGUCAUAAAAAAUCAAUUGGUGCAGUUUUUGAUCUGUUUGUUGCAUUAGUUUUUGUGUUUUUCUCUCUCGCCAUCUUGGAACGGGGAUUGAAUUUUCUUUUAUAUUUUUGACCGAAAGCAAUCGAAGAAAUCAUGGUAAAGACACCAACUGUAGAAAAAAUCCGCAAAUCAACGAGAACACCGAAAACCGUUCCGAAAAAGUUGAGUACACCAACCGUGGAAAGAAAUUUUUUGGACGUACCGCGACGUGGACAACUAGAUUUUGAUGCGAAGACAUCAAUAAAUGUGGAAUCAAUAUGUACACCCAGCCGAACAACACGGUCGAUGGCCAAGGUAACUUUGAACGAUAUGCCACCACCAGCUUUUACACCAUCGAAGCGAAAAACAAUUGCAUCAACAUCGUCGGCGAAAAAGUCGAAAAAGUCAGUCGUGCGCCCCGACAAUGAUGAACCAAGCUAUUUUGGUAAUGAAACAGCAGAAGGAAAUCGUGAAUCUGGUAAAUUCGUUCGCCCUCGACAAUCGAAUGAAGAUUAUAAUGAACAAGUCGAGGCAAAUAAUACAAAUGCAGUCGAGUCAAACGAUGAAGACUUCGCGUCUGUUAGCCAAUUGGGCAUGAGUACACUGGAUGAAACUGUUCGGACUCGUAAGUCAAAAUUGAGCAUUUCUUCAAAGUAUCGUUCAUCUCCGGUUCCAACACAAAACAAACGUUUAUCUGCUGGUAAGUCAAAUCAAAGCAUCAAAGAUGCUAACGAAUUCAUGGCCAAUGAUUUAGCUUUAGAUGAUCCAGCAGAAGAGAAUCGUGAAUCUGGUAAAUUUGUUCGCCCUCGACAAUCGAAAGAAGGUUUCAAUGAACAAAUCGAGGCAAAUAAUACAAAUGCAGUCGAGUCAAACGAUGAAGACUUGGCAUCUGUUAGCCAAUUGGGCAUGAGUACACUGGAUGAAACUGUUCGGACUCGUAAGUCAAAAUUGAGCAUUUCUUCAAAGUAUCGUUCAUCUCCGGUUCCAACACCAAACAAACGUUUAUCUGCUGGUAAGUCAAAUCAAAGCAUGACAAAUGCUAUCGAAUCCAUUGUCAAUGAUUUGGCUUUAGAUAAACCAGCAGAAGAGAAUCGUGAAUCUGGUAAAUUUGUUCGUCCUCGACAAUCGAAAGAAGGUUUCAAUGAACAAAUCGAGGCAAAUAAUACAAAUGCAGUCGAGUCAAACGAUGAAGACUUCGCUUCUGUUAGCCAAUUAGGCAGUACACUAGGUGAAGUUGUUCGGACUCGUAAAUCAAAAUUGAGCAUUGCCUCAAUUGAUGGUUCAUCUUCAACACCAAACAAGCGUACAAGCGAGCACUCAUCGGCAGCUAAGGAGAGUAAGAGUCGUAUGUCAGUUAUCGAUUUAACCGAUUCGCCAGUGGCUAAACCGAAUACCAGUGUGUUGAAUGUAACAUUCACCGAAGAAAGUAAUAAUGAAACGACGUUCCAACCAGUUAACGAUAAGACGUUCAGUCCAGUUCCAUCAACUAGUGUUGAAAAGUCACCGAAAAAGAAACAAGAACAGGCAACGCCAGCAAAAUUGAAAACACGCGCUUCAUUGGAAACGAAAGCAAAAUCUACUGGCAAAAAGAAGUCUUCACCACCAUUGAAACGCUUACAAAAUACACCGUUUUCGAAAUCGAAGAUCCAAAAUAAUCUGAAUACAUCAAAUAAGAUGUCAUCGGCCAAAAAAGCAAAAGUUGCUGAAGCCACCGUCAAUUUGAUAAGUUCAACAAAAGUCAACAAAGAAAUUGAAAAGGUCAAAGCAACAAGAGUCACGAUUGAAUCACCAAAAUCGAAGAUUUUCAAAUUUGGAACAGAAAAUCAGCAAAAUCCCGUAUUCCGAUUCAGUUUAGUCUCUGAACAUUUGAAAAAUCCGCAAAUUGGCAAACCGAAUGUCAAACCAGUGCCAAAUUUCACUAAUAUACACAAGCAGAUGUUUAAGAAAGCCGAAUCGAUUGAUGAAGCCCGAAAUCGUCAAGUUGAACGAGCCAAAAUUCUUCUUUCCGGCAAGAAACCACCUCAAGAACUGAAAAACCAUCCAAAAUCGGCCACAAAAAUUCCAAAAUUCCAGUUGAAUGUCAAUACUGAUAAUAACGCGGUACAGCGAAAACCAUUGGCACAUGUUAACAGACAACGAUUGAAUGAUGAAGAACGUCAAGAACGGCGCAAGCAAUUGUUCAAACAAGGAUCGAAACGUACAACAGCGUCAAAGAAUAUUGUUCCAGAGAUAAAAGGAGUUCGUAUGAAUCGACGAUUCGAAUUAAUGAUGAAAAAUCGCAAUGCAGUGAAGAAAAAUUAACCCUUCAGGGUAGUACUGAUCGUUUCAAUAAAAUAAGUUUGUCAUUUUCAAAGAAAACUAAAAAAAAGAGAAAAUAGUUCUGUUCCAUUUAUAUAGAUCAAUACACAAUGAAUAAAAUUUCUCGGCAUUGCGGCCUAUACUGCACAAAGCAAUGCGAUUGAUUGAAAAUGUACAAUGUCUUAUUUUACAACACACAAUUCGGUCUACCUAUGGAGUCAUUGUUUUGCGAAUAAGACUUUUCUGAAUGAGAAAAAUUUUGCGAAUAAGAGAAUAAAAAAUUCAUCAAGUACGAAUAAUAAGCAUAAAAAUCAUCUAAUUUUUUUUACCUAAUUUCUAUUUUUAAAUAAUUUCUAGUUGUUAUCGUUUUUGAGAUAAUAAAUAAAUGUAAAACUCAAAUGAUCAA